ACCAUCCAGCAGCUUGACAGUGAGCUGAGGAACACCAAGUGGGAGAUGGCAGCUCAGCUCCGGGAGUACCAGGAUCUGCUCAAUGUCAAAAUGGCCCUGGACAUCGAGAUUGCUGCCUAUAGGAAGCUCUUGGAAGGGGAGGAAUAUCGGAUCGAGACGGGCUUUGGGAUGAUCUCCUUCCCUGAGGUGGUCCCCAAAGCUCCCAGCAUCACCACCAACAUCAAGGUGAAGAGUGAGGAGAAGAUCAAGGUGGUGGAAAAAUCUGAGAAGGAGACAGUGAUUGUGGAGGAGCAGACAGAGGAAAUCCAGGUGACUGAGGAGGUCACUGAGGAGGAUGAGGCUGAGAAGGAGGCAGAGGAGGAGAAAGGUGAGGAGGAGGAGGAAGAGGAGAAAGCUGAAGAGGGGGAGGAGGAAAAAGAGAAAGCUGAAGCUGAGGGUGAAGAGGAGGCCAAGUCCCCAGAAAAACCCAAGUCCCCCUCAAAGGAGGAGGCCAAAAUCCCAGCUAUCAAGUCCCCUGAAAAGCCAUCAACCCCCUCCAAGGAGGAGGCCAAGACCCCAGUGGUGAAGUCCCCAGAGAAACCUGCAACACCCUCAAAAGAGGAGGCCAAAAGCCCAGCUGUCAAAUCACCAGAAAAGCCUGCACUCCCCUCCAAGGAGGAGGCCAAGACCCCAGUGGUCAAGUCCCCAGAGAAACCUGCACCUCCCUCAAAGGAGGAGGCCAAGACCCCAACUGUCAAGUCCCCUGAAAAGCCACCAACCCCCACAAAGGAGGAGGCCAAGACCCCAACUGUGAAGUCCCCAGAGAAACCCUCAGCCCCCUUGAAAGAAAAGGCCAAGACCCCAGCUGUCAAGUCUCCAGAGAAACCCCCAACCCCCUCAAAGGAGGAGGCCAAGACCCCAAUUGUGAAGUCCCCAGAGAAACCCCCAACUCCCUCCAAGGAGGAGGCCAAGACCCCAACUGUGAAGUCCCCAGAGAAGGUCAAGUCUCCUGCAAAGGAAGAAGCCAAGUCUCCACAGAAGGAAACAGCCCCAGCCAAGGAGCCCACCCCCUCCCCUCCAAAGGAGCCAAAAGCCCCUGCAAAGGAAGAGAAGCCCAAGGAGGUGAAGGCUCCCUCCAAGCCUGGAGCUGAGGAGGGCAGGAAAGAUGAAGCUCCCAAGAAGGAUAUCCCAGCCAAGGUGGAGGAGAAGCCCAAAGAGAAGACAGACACUGCGCCAGAGGUGAAGGAGACCACCAAGCCAGGCCCCAAACCUGCAGAAGGAGGAAAAGUGGAGAAGGAAGUUCCACGAAAACCUCAACAGGAGGCUGAGAAGAUGAAGGAGAAGGAGCCCAAGAAGGAGAAGGCAGAGGAGCCCAAGAAGGUGGACGAGCCCAAAAAGAAGGCAGAGGAGGCCAAGAAGGCAGAGGAGCCCAAAGCUAAAGCAAAACCCAAAGAUGAGCCCAAAGCCAGUAAGGAGCCCCCCAAGGCUGAGGCCCCCUCUGGCAAGGAGGCCAAAGCCCCAGCACCCACGGGGGGCAAGAAAUGA